CUGUUAAACAAAAUUUUUUGCUGUAACGCUAAAUCACAUCGCGAUGUUAGUCGCAUUCCAUUUGCCGGCAUGUUUUGUAACUAGCUAAUGUCAAUGCGUCUGUUGAGUUUACAUUUGAGAAUGAUUUAAAAAUCGCAUGACUGCAAAUAGUAAAUUACUUAAGUAUGAAUAGUUGUAAGCUUACUUAUAACCGCUAAUUCUAACUAGCUAGCUACGUUGGUGUUCAUAUUGCUUGUCGCUUGCUUUUUACGGCUAACUUAUGCUGCCAAAUAGCUAUAUUGCAGCUGUAGCUACAGUAGCACUUAACUAACUUACAUAGCCUAGUUGAGUAGAUGGCUAAAAUUUUUACCUUAUAUUUUGAGUUCUCCAAGUUAACUUACAUUUUACAUUCGUUUGGUUUACAAAAAUGUACACGAUUUACAGUGACGACUUGAUGAGAACUAGAUUUUCCGCUUGUUAUAAAGUGGCUUGAUUGUAUUUGGCUGGCUACCUCGCUGGUUUGCUGACAAUAAAAGGCGAUCUGUCAAAAACAAUGAUCUGAUGCCGAAUAGAAAGGUCGCUAAAUCACGCCGGUGUGUUUCCCUGCUCCCGUUCUGAAGCCGCGUUCUGGAACGGCGGAGAAGCAUCCAGCGAGUUCAAGUGUUUUUUGUUGAACGGUGUUGGAAGUUCAGUCAUAAACGCGACUUGUGACGUCACAAGGCGUGAUUUUAAUUAUGCAUUGUUAUGGAAAUGUAAAACCGGGACUCACAUUAUUUAUCUAGACUUGUUUGUCUAACGUGAAUCAGUUUGUGUUUAGUCUGCCUUCUCGUGUGCGUCUAAACGGAAUCGCUGAAUUUUGGCGCUUUCAGUUAACUAAUCAACGCUUGAGAGCGGGAGGCGUCAGCGGGAGUGGCGGGUGAUUGAGCAUGGCGGAGGCCGUGGGCAGUGGCGAGCGUGAGCGCUGCGGGGUGCUCACCUGGGAGCAGGUGAGCCGUCUGGACCAGGUGCUGACGGAGGUGGUGGCGGUGCACGGGCGGGGCAACUUCCCCACGCUGUGGGUGUGUCUGAAGGACGUGGUGCGUAUGGUGCGGGCGCGGCUGCAGGCCGGGGGCGUCGCCGUCAGAGACGUGCGUCUGAACGGCUCCACCGCCAGCCACGUGCUGCUGGAGGACGAGGGGCGGAGCUACAAGGACCUGGACCUGAUCUUCCGCGUGGACCUCCCUCAGGGGGCGGGGUUUCACCAUCAGGAGGCAGAGUUUCAUAAUCAGGAGGUGGAGUUUCACCCGCAGGAGGCGGAGUUCCAUCCGCAGGAGGCGGGGUUUCACCCUCAGGAGGCGGAGUUUCAGAAGCAGGAGGUGGAGUUUCACCCGCAGGAGGCAGGGUUCCAGCCGCAGGAGGCGGAGUUUCACCCUCAGGAGGCGGGGUUUUACCCUCAGGAGGCGGGGUUUUACCCUCAGGAGGCAGGGUUUCACCCUCAGGAGGCGGGGUUUCACCCUCAGGAGGCGGGGUUUUACCCUCAGGAGGCGGGGUUUCACCCUCAGGAGGCGGGGUUUUACCCUCAGGAGGCGGGGUUUCACCCUCAGGAGGCGGGGUUCCAGCUGGUGCGGGAGGUGGUGCUCAGCUGCCUGCUGGACUUCCUGCCCAGCGGCGUGAACAAGGAGAAGAUGUCAGCGGCCACGCUGGGCGAGGCGUACGUGGAGAAGCUGGUGAAGGUGUCGAGCGACGGCGACUGCUGGAGCCUCAUCUCGCUGUGCAACCGGCACGGCCGCAACGUGGAGCUCAAGUUCGUGCAGCGGCUCCGCCGCCAGUUUGAGUUCAGCGUGGACUCCUUCCAGAUCGUGCUGGACCCCCUGCUGGAGGCGUACGAGCGGUGCGGCCGCCUCUCCCCGGCCGACCCUCUCCCCGCGGUGCCGGUGGAGAGCGUGUAUGGCGACCUGGCGGCGGCGCUGGGGCACCUGCGCGGCCGGCUGAUCGCCACGCGGCGGCCCGAGGAGAUCCGCGGCGGCGGGCUGCUGAAGUGCUGCAGCCUGCUGGCGCGCGGGUUCCGGCCCGCGGACGCGCGGGAGCUGCGCUCGCUGCAGCGCUACAUGUGCUCACGCUUCUUCAUCGACUUCCCCGACGUGGGCGCGCAGCGGCGCACGCUGGAGGCCUACCUGCGCAGCCACUUCGCCGGCGAGGAGCCGCGCAGGUACGCCUACCUGAUGCUGCUGCGCCGCGUGGUGGACCAGAGCACCGUGUGCCUGAUGGGCCACGAGCGGCGCCAGACCCUCGCCCUCAUCUCCGCGCUGGCGCUGCGCGUGCUCGCCGAGCAGAACGCCAUCCCCGACGCCGCCAACGUCACCUGCUACUACCAGCCCGCCCCCUACGUGCAGGACAUCAGCUUCUGCCCUUACUACUGCGGCCAGACCCUCCCAACAUGGCAGCCCUGCAGCUGACCGACCUUCCCACCAUGGCAGCCCUGUAGCUGACCGACCUUCCCAACAUGGCCGCCCUGAGACUGAUAGACCUUCCCAACAUGGCCGCCCAGAGACUGAUAGACCCUCCCAACAUGGCCGACCUGAGACUGAUAGACCCUCCCAACAUGGCCAUGUAGAUAUGAAGGGCCGGCUUUAAUGAGAAUUAAAAUGUAGUUUUUCUCCUGCUUAUCUACAGAGAGGAGAUUGCUGGACCCUUUAA